AUGGCAGCCAUUCUACAUGUAGGAAAUGGUGGUGAACAAAACAUCAUUCUACCCCCUGGUCAGGAAGCCAGACACAGACCCAUGUUUCUGGAUGGUUCUGACCCCAUUUCGCAAACAGUCUAUGAAUUUCAUGGCCGUUUGUGGCACAGGUGUUGUAACUGUUUCCCUGUUUGCAAACAAAUUGCUUGGAAUCUUGGGGACAGGAUGAUGGUGGCCCUUUACCAGGAAACAAAUGAGAAGACUGCCACCUUAAAGGAAUGGGGAUAUAGAGUUGUUGAGGCGUGGGAGUGUCCAUGGCACACCCAGAUCAAUGCCAACUUCCACAUCUCAGACUAUAUCCAAACUCAGCAGGGUGCCACCUCUAAAUCCUCAUGAUGCUUUCUUAGGUGGCCGAACAGCGGUGAUGUCCCUAUACCGUGUUUCUGAAAACACUUUGGAGGAAGAAACCCCCUACGUGAAUGUGAUUUCAGAGUGCCCCUGGGUCAAUUAAUGAGGGACCUAUCCUAUUGGUCACUCAACCAUCAUCUACAACCUUGAGGAUCAAGAUCCCUCUUCAUACAACGGUAGCAUGUCUGUUGAUAUUUUACCACCACCUGGUCUGUUUAAUCCCAUUCUGCCACUUUGUCAUAUGGGGAAACUCACCUUUCUAUUGUGUAGAUCAUGCGUGAAGGAGAAGUCAGCCAAACCCCUUUCACGAUCGAGGGGUACACUGUGUACACUCCAAGGAGAUGCGUAUGUUACAUGGUACAUGGUGUACUCCUGAGAUCAUGAAGGUGCUGAACAUGAGGUAUCAUAUGCUCAAAAUACAUCAAGUCCAUCACUUUCCUGAGCAGCAGAGAAAAUGUGGACUUUUUGUCUCCUAUGUCAAUAUCUGGCUCCAAAUUAAACAGGAGUCAGGUGGCUGGCCCUCCUGGGUUACAGUAGUGGCCACAGAACCUGACCCAAUGGUCCUUUGACAGAAGCAGGGGGAGUACCUGGAACGUUAUCUGGAGAAAGGAAGGGUGUAUUUGUUUUUCUAUCUAAGGAAAAAUGCGUGAAACAAAAUGUUUAGUGAAUGUUCUGUUUACUUGUACAGGUACACGCAUGGAUUUGGAAAGAGGCCAAAUAUCAAAAGAACCCAGGGCCAAAGACUACCACAAAAUUAAUGUUGAACAGUUUUUGGGGGAAGUUCAGAGAAUCACUAAACAAGACCAAAGUCAGCCAAAUGACUGA